GCUUCAGUUAGCGAAAACAAUGAGUGGCUGUCUCGAUAAUGUCCGCUGUUAUUGCCCAGAGUGGACCUGCUGUGAGUUUCUAAGAGACGUAGAGUGGAGCGAACAUCGCAACAGAUUCGCGUCCAUUUUUUCUGGAAUAUUUUUCUUCGUUGGCUGGUGGAUCAUCAUUGACGCAGCCGUGUAUCCCGGAUGGAGCCUUCCUGGUCGUUUUCACGCUGUGGGCGUCGUAUCGACUUUGGCAUUUUUCUUGAUUAAUGCCAUAUCAACUGGGCAGCUUUCUGGUGACAACUACACAGAUGGGUUCAUUGGACAAAGAGGUGCUCGAGUGUGGAUGUUCAUUGGAUUUCUCAUGGCUUUUGCUGGCUUGAUUGCUGCUGCAUGGAUUCUAUUUGGAGUUUACGUUGUUCCACCUCAAAUUUAGUUUUCUGUUCGAGUGAUCUGGACGACAAUAAUGGAUGGUUUUGUAAUGACUUUAGUCCUUCUCUGAAACAAGAAAAUCUUUCAGGAUGAGAGUUGUUAGUAGCUUUCUUCGUUGCCAAUGAUCUGACGCAGCCAUCUUUAGAUGUUAAGAACCAACCGAGCACGUUUGGCAGAUUGCAAUUGAAUAGCUGCAUUGGAUAAAUGAGGCAAUCCUAAGCCUCCUUUGGAGAUAUCCAAAUACAGUUGAGCUGAACAAGCAGAACUAUGUCAUUUGCACCAUUUCUUUAGAUAAAAAGUUAUGAUGUUGUCAAGUGUUGCCUUCAUCCAACUUGGGGCUAGUGGCAGCAGACAGAGAAACCGUGUGAGUCUUGGAUAGACACCAUGAUGGUAUACUAUCAGUUUCCUUUGGAUAUGAUAGGGCAAGAGUCAAGUUUCUUCAUCAAUUCUUCAACUUUAUUUUUCAAAAAGAUCUUGUAUUCAUUAGAUGUUAAAUCACCAUUUAUAGGCAUUCACAGAAAUUUUGAAGGUCUUAUUGCCAAGGAAGGGAAUGGUCUGCCCACAUAUUGAGAUAGAUGGGUGAUGGUUGUGACAUUUAGUUUGAUAUGACAAUUUCAAGCAACUACAUUUUGGCACCUUGAUGACUAUGAUUGACCAUUGACACCAUUUGGACACUAUAUCACAAAGUUUCUGCAGGCCCUUGGACAAAGUCACAUCAUCGGCAAAUAGAAGGGCAUCUAUCACAUAAGCUGAUCUAUUCAGUCUGUAACCAAGUGCUGGUGUAACUUGUUUAAGUUGAAUUGCAAGGGUGUUAAUAACUGUGUUAAUAACAAUCAAUGAAAAUGGAUCACCCUGAAACACUCCAAUCUUACAAGGAAGUAGUGAAGUAGACCAUCUCUUUGUAGUUACCGUCACUUGCAAAUCAGAGUAGAGAUUUUCAACAACCAUUUAAAGGAACAUGAUGUUGUUUGAAACUUUGUUUGAUCAACCAGUGAGGCACCGAACCAUAUGCAUUGGCAAAAUCCAGCCAACAGACAGAUAGAGUGUGUCUAUUUCUCUUAGAAUCCAAAAAAGCAGACCAUAGUUUGAAAUGAUGAUCAUGUGUGCCACUGACACCAGGAAGAAAGCUUUUUGAAUACAAGUAUUCAUUAAGCUAUUUUGUAACAGGAAGUCACACCAACAAUCUUUUAGGAUUGUAGUAUAGAUUUUACUAAUACAUGGUGUCAAUGCAAUAGGUUUAGCUGGAUCUGAUGGACUUUCUGUUGCACUAGAUUUAGGGAUGAGACGUAUAACAGGUACGGCUAUUAUCAUAGUUGCCGCUGUGAAAUAGGCCGUAGUAUCGACAUCCAUCCCUACCGUAUACAUGUGAUGAGCUGAAACAAUAAAACCUAAUAUUCCAAUUGAUAACAUUGCAUAAACCAUUCCUAAAUACCCAAAUAUUUGGUUCUUUGCCGCAAAUGUUGGUACAAUUUGAGAUAUCAUUCCAAACCCAGGUAAUAGUACUGUGCAGGACAACCAGCAAUUGUUAAAAAAGGGCCAAGAGAGCUGGAAUUAG